UAAGGUUGCUUGCCAACCGCCAUUAAACCAGAGAAGAAGAAGACUGUCAUUGCAGUGUCCCAGUACGCUGUAGCUAAUGCCAGGAUACACAUCUACACAAGAAAACACGCUGAAAUUACCGUCAUGACGUUGGACGAUGUUCAAAGGUGGCACAAACGUCUAUCUGCGGUUUAUGCUUUGGGCGUGGGCAUCAUGAUCGGCUCAUACGGAUAUUAUCGUUACACAGGACGCCACGACCCCCCAAUUCAGAUGGAAGAGGAGAUUCCAGACGAAUCAAAUCCGAAAAAUGUUUUCCACAAGACUGCUCACACCAAGACCAUUAUCAUUUACAAGAAGGACUUUGUUCCUUACACUACAAGGAUCUAUAAUUUUGUCCAGUCAUUCAUCGGUGGUCCUGGGAGUGGAGACAGUUGAAAAAAAAGAUGGACAAAGUGGACUUGUGUGGAAGAAAUGCUAAUGAUGCACUAUGGAUGUAUAACUUGCUUUCUGAUGUCCAACUCAAAAAAAUGCUUGUUGUGUCCUGUUGUCUGCUAAAUUCAAAUCAAGAAAUAUGCUGUAAUGUUUCUAUCCACACAUACAGAUGUAGGUAAAAUCAUGACAAAUAAAUGACUU